UUUGAUUAACCUGCUACGGAUGCAUUACAAAAUGCUUUGAUUCAGUUUUAUAUGAAAUCAUUAUAAUAUCUCAGCGAAAAUGUUCCGGAAGUCAACAGAUUAUGAGUAUCAGUUAUUGUCAGAGAAAGAGGGAUGCAGUAAAACAUUGGAUAUGUUUGCAUCAUCACAUGAUGCUUUAACUUACAGUCAGUGUCUUCAGAGAGGACAUUCAUUUGAUUAUGUGCCCAAAGUCGCUCAAAAUGACUUCACAGACAAAUCUCAAGGAUUUCUGUCCUGGAUUUGCAACUUGAUUGUAACGUUCCUUGUUUUCCUGGUCAUCUUAAUAAGCUUCCCUAUUUCUGGAUGGUUUGUUUUAAAGGUUGUACCAAACUAUGAGAGGAUCGUUGUUUUUCGUCUGGGUCGGAUCCGUCCACCUAAAGGUCCAGGUGUGGUUCUGGUUCUGCCACUGAUCGAUCAGUGGCAGAGAGUCGACCUGCGGACAAAAGCCUUUAAUAUUCCACCCUGCAAGGUGACCACUAAAGAUGGUGGACUGGUGUCGGUUGGAGCAGAUAUUCAGUUCCGGAUAUGGAGUCCAGUGAUGUCAGUGGUGGCCGUGCAGGAUCUUAACGCGUCCACGCGACUCACUACACAGAAUGCCAUGAUGCAAAGCCUCAGCAAAAAGACCCUGAGGGAGAUACAGACAGAGAGAAUCAAACUGGGAGAGCAUCUCGGGAUGGACAUGAACGAGAUGACAAAGCCGUGGGGGCUGGAGGUGGACCGCGUGGAGCUCAUGCUAGAGGGGGUGCUCCGGGACCCAGACAGGGGUCAGUCGGGGACAUUAAUCAUGCCCCCAUCUGUUCCUGGGUUAGAAGGUCUGACCGGGCCAAUCCAGCAGCUCGCCAUGCAUUUCCUGAGCCAGACGGCUGCAUCUCGUGCCAGUAAAGAUGUGGUGGAUUUUGCGGACGAGCUGACUUCAGGCCCAGUCGCAGCUGUGAGAUGCAGCAGUGUUGAUGGACUGUUGGAUCGGGUCAGAUCAGUGCUAUCUGAAGAGGUGGUCCAACAGGUCAGAGCCCGUUACCACUUUCACAUCAACACUGACUCCGGACAAACCAACAACUACUAUGUGGAUCUGACACAAGGUUGUGGAGCCUGUGGGGAUGGUGUCCUACCUGGAGAGCCGGAUGUUUCCCUGUGUGUGAGUGAGAAGGAUUUGCUGGACAUGUUUCAGGGUGACCUGAGGCCGUUCGCAGCCUACAGCAGCGGCCGACUGAAAGUACAGGGAGAUCUGAACACAGCCAUGAAGUUAGAAACACUCAUCAGACUCCUUAAGACCACAUGAAGAUGGUUUAUUGAAAUCAAAGGAAAAUAUAUAAUGUAUCGGACAGGUUAACACAUAAAUACGUUUUACAAUUCAGUUCUAUUUUAAAUGGUCAUUAUACAUUUCCUGGUUGUUUCAGUGUGUUCACGUGAGUUUAUGAUUUUGUGUUGUGUGAGCAAAGUGUUUAAAUGAACAUAUUUGCAUAUGUAAAAAUAUUUUAGACCGUUUGAAAUCUAUUUAUUGCUGAUUUAUGAGAUUGUUUUGUCAAAUAAAAUAUAUAUUCAUCUUA